AUGCUACGCUUCGCCUCUAUGGCCAUCUGGGGUCUCCUGGCCACAGCGUCACCAACCACAGAGCGACGACAAGUCAACACACUCUCCGAGUUUAUCGCACAGGAGCGGCCCGUUGCCCUUGAAGGAGCACUUGCCAACAUCGGCGGGUUGAACUCCAGCUGGGUUGAUGGCGCCAGUCCUGGCGUAGUGGUCGCCUCGCCAUCGACUGUCAACCCGAACUACUUCUUCACAUGGACGCGAGACUCGGCUCUUACGUACAUGAUGCUGAUCGACGAGCUGAUCUUUGGAAACCGAUCUCUACGAGGAACCAUCGAGGACUACACAAAAUCGCAAGCGACUCUUCAGACUAUCACAAAUCCCUCCGGUUCACUGUGGCCAGCGGGCGACGGACUGGGCGAAGCGAAGUUCUACACCAACCUGACGAGGUUCGAUGGCACUUGGGGUCGCCCACAGCGCGACGGGCCGGCUCUGAGGGCAAUCGCGUUCAUGAAUCUCGCGCCCGUCCUGAUCGGCUUGAACGAGACCGACGAGUACAAGGAGAUCUAUUGGCCGUUGGUCCUCAACGAUCUCAAGUACGUGGGCCAGUACUGGAAUCAGACCGGCUACGACCUGUGGGAAGAAGUACACGGCUCGUCGUUCUUCACCAUCUCGGCACUGCACCGCGCGCUGGUCCAGGGUGGGCUGUUGGCGAAAGAGCUCGACGAAGAGUGCGCCGCAUGCGAGCAGGCAUCUCAGGUCCUCUGCUUCUUGGAACACAACUUCUGGAACGAAAGCGGCGGCUACUUGACCGCAGAUGUAAAUGUGAACAACGUCAACCGGAGCGGCAUCAAUGCAGACCCGCUCCUGGCGGCCAUCACGAACUUCGACGUCAACGCUACUUGCGACGCGAGCCACACGCAACCAUGCAACUCACGCAUGCUCGCGACCCACAAAGUCGUGGUCGACAGCUUUCGCAACCUAUGGCCGAUCAACAACAACGCUUCCGCGCCCGACGCCGCCCUCAUCGGCCGGUACCCUGAAGACACCUACUUCGGCGGCGGGGCCUGGCCGCUGUGCACGCUCGGCGCAGCGGAGCUGCUGUACGAUGCCGUGGCACAGAUCAACCGCACGGGAACCCUGAGCAUCGACGAUGAGAGCCUCGCGUUCUUCCAGGACAUAUUUCCCAGUGCAAAUGCUAGCAAUUACACCGGGGAAGUGAUGGGAGAGAUUCUUUCCGCGAUGACUACGUAUGCGGAUGGAUUUGUUGCUGCUGUUCAGAAAUACGUCCCCGCGAACGGCAGCAUCAGCGAGCAAUUCAACAACACGAACGGCGAAUCCACGUCCGCGAGCAAACUGACCUGGUCAUUCGCGUCCUUCGUCACGAUGUCUCAACGCCGAUCUGGCCAGUACCCACCACCAUGGGGGGCGUCGACGCCCGCCGCCAACACAGGCCUCAACUCCACGCAAUGCAACAGCACCUCGCACAACUCGACAGGCACCUACACCCCGGCCGUCGGCGCCGGCGCGCCCAACGUCUCAAGAGCAUGCUCCAGCGAAGUCGUCUUCAGCGUGAAUGCGACGACAUCGUUCGGGCAGAACGUGUUUCUCGCAGGGAACACGACCAAGCUGGGGAACAACCCGGGGAACGACUCGGCGCGCGUGAUUCUGCCGCUCAACCCCGGGAAUUACUCGAGCCGCAAUCCCCAGUGGUAUGUGAAUAUCUGGCUUGCGGCCGGGGUCAUCGCCGAGUACCAGUAUGUCCUGCAACAGACAAAUGGGAGUUACACAUUCGAGGCUGGUCCCAGUAGGCACCUCACUGCGUCGGGCUGUGGCAGUGGUCAUGUGGUGAGGGUUGACGAUGUGGCGAGGUUUCCACCGAGCGAGUGA